GUUGCUGCACAGUUGCGCGCCCUCGGGCUGGAAUCAUUGUUUAUCGCUAGAACCCUGAUACGCAGAAAGUAUUGCGACCGCAUUGAAAGACAUUUCCCGAGUGCGAGGUUGUCGCGCUAUCACCCGUCACGAUGGAUGACCCUGCGAGUCGGAUCCCAGGGCAGCUGCUGCCGCACAUGCACCUGGUGUCGCGAUACAGGUAUCCCCUGAUGCCUAUGCUGCCAACUGAAACCGCCGUCGAGUACCUGCUUUCCGCGCCGAAGAUUGUCCGCGAGCUACAGUCCAUGCACUGGACCUUCAUGGAUGGACCGCAAGAUGGAACGGUGAUGCUGACAUGGCAGCCGCUCAAUCAUCUGGGAACGAAUUUUGCCAGUGAUGGCUAUGUCUGGGCUGAUGUGGAGCAGGCUUUCACUUUUGAAGCUCGCGGUUACACUGUCGAGAUGUGGCUCCACCGCAGUGGCUACCAUCCGCCAAACGAGUCCACGGCCAUUCACUGUCGCCGACGCUAUCGACUUCUGCCCCCGAAAGUCCCCAACCCGGGCCUGCCCCCACCGGACCCUUCCCUUUGGAUCGUUCACUAUUCGCGAGCGCCCCAGACCGACCAUAUCCCCGCGAAUCGCAUCCCCAUCCUCCCUCAAGUACAGAGCAUGCUCGCCCAACGCCGGUUCCUGCAGAGCCAGGGCCAGCUUGCGCGGAAAGAAUUCAUGCUCCACGAUCGUAACAACUGGCCGACCAUCAACUUCCCGCCGCAGAUGGCACCCCAGGGCUUUGUCCCCCCAGCAGCUGCAUAUGCUGGCGCAAUCCCCGGUCGCCAGCCGGGUCCGUAUUAUCCUCAGCAGGUUCCCGGCAUGCACGUUCCGCCGGCGGCCGUAGCAGUGGCCGCGGCAGUCCCAACGGCUGCUCCCUCGAAGGUGCCACGGGGCCAUCGGCCCUCGGUAGCUGCCAUCGGUGCCGCGGCUGCGGAUUUCGCUCUCGACGAUGAAGACGUCUCGACAGGCGACCUGAUGGACUUGUUAACCCCGCGCGAAGUGAGCAAGAUGAGAUACCAGCAGCACCAUGAAUGGAUGGAAGAAAUCUUUGCGUCACCCUACGCCAUCAGCCAGAUCACCCCGGUCUCGCUGGGCUUGGGGAGAAAGGGAGAGCUGGAGUCUCUCACUGCGGGGUUCUUCGAUGCCCCGGCAGCCCCGUCGACGGGCGACUCCAAGGAGGCUACUGACGCGGCACCAGCAACAAAACUAGAACCUCUCAAGGCCGAAGAAUUUGCAGAUCGCGUCGCCAAGAAGGUUGCGGACAUGACUGCCGAGAUCGAAAAGCUUAAGAAACGCCACUCCCGUCGCAUGGAGAAGUACCACCGCACCUCGCUGCUUAAGGAUGCAGAGCUCCGACUGCGCGAAGCAGCCGCCGACCCGCAGGAGACCGGUACGGAGAUCUGGCGGCUCGAGGGGCGGAUCGAGAUCCCCACGGAAGAUGGCACGCCGCAGGUCGAGGAACCCCAGCCUCUGGCGAAAUACAAGGUCGACGACAUCGCCCGUCAGGUGGAAAGCUCUUGGAAGAAGCAGAUUGUCUUCGAGCCCAAGAUCUCCUGCGUGCAAAAGGGCGGUCUACUGGAGAAGAUUGAGCCGGAGAAGGGCGAUGCGGCCAUCCACGCCGAGGGCGAUCUGACGAUGGAAAACACAGAAAGUCAAUUCCUGGACCAGUUUGGCUCAUCCGGCGCAGCAGGGACAGGCCCAGCGGGUGCGCCCGCAGCCCACCCGGCCAUCCCAGACCUGGAUGUCGACAUGGAGAUGGGCGGUGGUGACGGGCCCGGGAACACCGCCGCCACGGGCACUGCUUCGGGCGAGACAGGCGACUGGGUCAUGGUCAACAACGAACGCAAGGAGGGCGGCGGCGGUGGGGGCAGCGGCGGCGGCGAGAAGCCGACAGAAUUGCCCGCGGCAAUUGGCACACCUGGCAGCGGCAUGCAGGGCUAUACCCCGGGCCCUGCCGGCAGCGCCGGGGACAGUGGGCUUGACCCUGGCAGCUUCGACUUCACUAACAUCGAUUCUGCAGGCGACGCUCUGGCCGCGUACAGCGAGCAGAAUGACGAGCUGGACCUGCCGGAUCUAGAGAACUCGGCCUUUGGCGACGCGUUCCAUGCCUCGGACAACGAACACUCUCACCACCACGACGACGAUAUGUCUUGAGGGGGUGGGGGAAGGGAAGGGAAAAAAUCCUCGUUCUUCGUUUUUUCCUCGGUCCGUUUAAUCUUCUGUCUGCUUUGUAUGCUCUUUGCUUUGGUUUCGUCAGGAUCGGUGUUAGUUAGGUCUGUAUUAUCUGCCCGGGGGGGGUCAACAACACUACGCUGGAUUUUUACUGGGAGCCGGUGUAAACUUAAAGA